CAGAGAGGCGAUGCACGGAAACACGUAUGUGAUACUCGUCUAAAUUAAUUGUGAAUUAUAAUUAUUGUUUAUAAUAUUCAGUGAUCUGUUAAAGUUAUAUCAAGUUAUUGGAAUGGUACGGUUAUUGAUUUUGUGCUAAGCUUUCCUCUGAAGAUGCUUAAAACAGUCAUAGAUUGAUAUUCAAUGACACAAUGUACCUCGAACAAAUUUUAGUGUAGUGUUAAAUUAUUUAAAAGUACCUUAUAAAUGUUACGAAUUACAAUGGACAAGAGAAAGUUAAAGUGCUGGAAUGUAAGUUUGCUGUGAAAUAAAAUGGAGCCACGGGGAUAUUCAACAUCAAAAAAUAAGCCCUAUUGGGCUACAGUUGUGCAGUUGGCCAUGCUCAUAAUGGCAACGAACAUCGCUGCCGAUUCUCUUCAGGCUUUAGAGCAGUCGUUGGGUAGUGCAUACGCGUGGACGUCUUGGAGCAACUGGGGGCCCUGCUCAAGGACUUGUGGUGGAGGAGUGGCUGUACAGGAACGGGAAUGUCUUCCAAGAAAACGUAAGAUUCUCACAAACGGAACUAUAGAAGGUUCAGUGAGGAUUCAACGAGCUGAUUGCCCCGGUGUUAGCAGACGAUACCACGAGUGCAACACUAGUCCUUGCUCUGUCGGCGAGGAGUUACAAGACAUGCGCAGUGAACAAUGCGCAGCUUACGACGGGAGACCUUUCCACGGUCGCUUCUACAGCUGGGUGCCGUAUGUUGAUGGUAAUGUACCAUGCAUGUUGAACUGCCGUCCCGUUGGGCAACAGUUCUACGCGUCUCUCGGGAUAGUGGCAGACGGCACGCCUUGCACCAAGCCGGGAUACAGGGCUAUAUGUGUCAAGGGAGUUUGUAAGGCGGUGGGUCGGGAGUCGGUGCUGGCGCUGGCAGCCAACCGCGAGCUACGGUGCGGCCGGCGGCUGGUGUCGGGGCUGUUCACGCGGCCGAGGCUACCACUCGGAUACUCGCAUGUCGCUACCGUGCCGCGCGGUGCCUGUCGCCUCAACGUCUCCGAGAUACUGCCCAGUGACAAUUAUAUUGCUUUGAAAAUGACAAAUGGAUCGUAUGUAAUUAACGGAGAGUUCGCCAUUAGCACGCCGGGUACAUACGAUGCAGUCGGCGCUCGGUUCAUAUAUUCAAGAGUACGAGGUCUCGACUCUAUCUUUACGCUUGGACCUAUCCACCAUCCUAUUGAUAUUAUGGUUUUAUACACAGUUCCAAAUCCUAAUAUCAAAUACGAAUAUAUAACGGAUUCUCUACCAGGAGACGUAAAGACAGAAGAACCAACGACUAAAUUGAGUUCUAUCGAUACUCAAGGCACGGCAACUGCAAAACAUACCAGACGACAUCACGGUUAUGAUAAUUAUCCCAAAUUUAUUGUUGAUAACAUGCAUCCGGAUGUCAUUGGCUUAUCGAAAGAAAAUACAAUAGCGAAAAAAGGAGUAGAUGAAAAUGUAGUUGGAACAAGAAGAUUUGUGUGGAAGAUUCUGUCAUAUACUCAUUGUACUAGAACUUGUGGUGGUGGAAUUCAGGUGGGCAAAUAUCGCUGUGUAGAAGAAACCGCGGAAGGAGUGGAUAGAGAGAUAUCACCAGUCCAUUGCUCUGGAUCUGCCCCAUCAGGAAAAAGACGUCGUUGUGGCAUGAUCUCUUGCCCGCCGAGGUGGAGGGCCGCUGCUUGGUCUCCGUGUCCAACAUGUGGGCCGGCUAAUCGAACUAGAAUCGUUGGAUGCGUGCAAGAUCAUUCGAGAGGAAUUACAAAGGUCAAUGAUGAUAAAUGUUCUCUUGAAAAACCUAUAACGAGUGAAAAAUGCAAUGUGCCGGAUUGUCCAAAAUAUAGUACUCUUGAAUCGAAACAUGUUAUACGACUGAACGAGGACACAGAUACGUUCCGAGAAGGUCCCGUUUAUACGAUUUCAGUGAACAACUCCGAGACCGAUCUCGGACCCGAGUAUAGCUUAAGUGCUUCUGCUGGAUGGCUUUCCUCUGACUGGUCACAGUGCGUUGGAUGGUGCGUCGGUGGUGGCUUACAGACCCGCAGUGUGCGUUGCAGCGACCCAUCUGGUUGUUCACCACAAAUAUCACCAGAUGUAAGAAGAAAUUGCACUGCGAAAGUCACGUGUGUCCCUCAUGAGGGACAUUGGUUUACAGGAGAAUGGUCCUCUUGCUCGGCUCCGUGUGGGGGCAAACAGAUCCGUGGCGUGCUCUGCAUCGGUGAAACUGGCCGGCACCUGCGAGAUUCGGCUUGCAAAGAUCCAAAGCCGGCGAACGAACGCGACUGUGGCGACUGCGCGCCCAUCUGGUACUACAGCGAAUGGAGUAAGUGCGUAGGAAACUGUUCGUUGAAAACGGGAGUCCAGCACAGGUCGGUGGUAUGCGCGCGCGGUAGGAACGGCGCCAACGAGGGCGAGUGCACCGCGCCGCGCCCUCCUGCACACCGCCCCUGCGAUCCUAUAUGCCCGGCUGACAGCAUAGAGGCAGCUGUACUCACUAGCCCUUCUCACAGGGCAGAUAAAUAUACUACAACUACGACCUCCUCCACAACUCAAACAAGUGCUAUUGAUGGGAACGACGAUAAAGAUUGUAUAGACAGGUUGAGCAACUGCGCGCUGGCCGUGCAGGCGCGCCUCUGUCACUAUAUGUACUAUAUCAGGAAUUGUUGCAACUCCUGCAUUAACAUAAUUGACAUACAUUGAAGAGUCAUCACAAAAAUAUUUAAACUGAUGUAGUUAGUUCAACUCAAAGGUGCGUGGGACUUAAGUAUAACUAUUUUCCACUACGCGAUUAAGUUUGCUGUUUCUGUAAGCAGUCUUAUUGGAAUCGUUUAUUCCUAAAAGAAAUCGUAGUCUCGUAUGUAAUAGCUUAGUGGAAAAAGGGUCUAAAGUAUUUUCAUCACGUGUAGUGUCAUUUCAGAUUUUAGUUGGACUAUCUGCAAUGUUGAUAAUAUUUUAUUUCAAUAUCUAUUUUAACUUUUAUUAUGAAAUUGGUGUGAUAUUUA